AUGCCUCAGGCUCAAUCGGCUACUGAGUCGUCAGCAAUGUGGCGGAUACGUGAAAGUGCACCAUUAGCUGUGGCGGCUGAUGGAUUCGUCUACAAGAACGACAUUUCCUUACCUCUAAAGCAUUUCUACCAACUUACAGAGGAAAUAAGAGCACGGUGUUCUUCCAUGACAAAACGAAUCGUGACCUACGGUCAUCUAGGCGAUGGAAACAGUCAUCUGAACAUUACAGCUAAGGAAUACAGUGACAAUCUUCACGAUAGGCUUUAUCCCUUCAUCUAUGAAUGGGUGAACGCACAUAAUGGAUCUAUCUCAGCUGAACACGGUAUCGGCCAAGUGAAACUACCCUAUGCUAAGCUUGGCAAAUCGCCAGCGGAGCGCGAUAUAGUUCGUCGUAUAAAAUCCAUUUUUGAUCCUAAUGGUAUUUUGAAUCCGUACAAAUCCUUCUGA